AUGUGGUUCAUAUGUGUUUAUUCAACGUCGAAAAUCAAUAUUAUGUUUACAGAGAAUGCCCACGAGUGUCCGAGAAUGAAUCCGACAGUCCAGAUGAAGUCAAUGGGAGCAAUAUUCCUUGCAGGUGGAAUCAAGAAAAUUUUAGAUGACAGAGAUAUCAAACGGAAAGAAAAUUUACAGUUAAAGAAAGCAUGCGAAUGUGUUUUGGAAGAUCUGAAAGCUGAAGAAGAACAUAAAACAGAAGCCAGCUCAUCUUUCGAAGCUGACCAUUAUUUCCUAUCAUUAGAACUUGCUUGCAACUCAAAAAGUCCUGAAAUCGUUGUAUCUUCAUUGGCUUGCAUCCAGAAACUGAUAGCAUACGGUUAUUUGACUGGAAAUGGAGUGGAUACAUCGAAUCCUGGAAAGAAAUUGAUCGACCGGAUAGUCACAGCAAUAUGUGCUCCGAUAGUAGCUCAUGGAGCAAAUGAAACUGUUCUCCUCAAUUCAAAUAAAGCAAUUCUCGAAGUGGUUCUUUCUAGUCAUUGUGAAGUUCAUGGAGAGUCUCUAAUUCAUGCUGUAAGAACAUGUUUCAAUAUGUAUCUGACAUCAAAGAACAAAAUGAAUCAAGCAACAUCCGAAGUUACGAUGAAGAGAGUAAUCAACACGGUAAUUGAAAAAUUGAAACAAUUUGGAGACGUGAAAGAUGAUGAAACCAUUGUGAGGGAGGUUGUUGAGAUGUUGGUAAUAUCUACAGAUGAAAUGGAGUUGCAACCAGAUGGAAGAGCCGGAAUUCAUAAAGGGAAUAGAACGAAAAAUAAUGAGAAAGAAGACCCAUUGAGUUUUCAAAACGUUUAUCAAGAGGAUGUAUUCUUGGUAUUCCAAGAACUUUGUAUACUCUCACAGAUCGAGGAAAACGAAACGACAAAUGAAAUGAGUCUUCGAUUCAAACUUCUUAUUAUGGAAAUUCUUCUCGGAGUUCUUCAAACUCACUCGGUCGUUCUUCAAUCUUCUCAACCAUGUAUUACAGUUAUGAAGAGGGUAUUAUGUAUUGCAUUGACUCAAAAUGCCACACUUAAUCCAAAUAUUCAAGUUUUCGAGAGAUCUUGUGACGUUUUUGUGGUGCUUUUGGAUAAAUUCAAAGCACAUUUGAAAGCAUCAAUUGAAGUUUUCUUCAAAGAUAUUAUCUUGCCAAUUCUUGUUCUUGAUGCGUAUUCAUUCGAGCAGAAAAUGAUUGUCAUGAAAACAAUCGAAAAGAUCCUGACAAAUCCUCAAUCCGUUGUCGACAUGUAUGUGAACUAUGACUUGGGAUUGACAUCUGGUAAUUUGUUCAAGUUAAUUGUGGAAGAGAUUUCGAAAACGACUGUGUUGACAGCUAAUGAUUAUACUCCAUAUGCACAAAAAGUCAAAGAGCGUGAAAUGAGGUUACUUGGUUUGAGUUGUCUUUCAAAUAUACUUCAAUGUCUUGCCGAUUGGUGGCAAGUUUGUGAAGUUCAACAAAUAACAGAUGAUCUCGAUGAGGCAACCAAUCAAAAUAAAAUCGAAAAGACUACAGUUCAAACAUUCGAAGCGUUGAAACAGCAAAAGAAUCUGCUGGAACAAGGGAUUCAAAUCUUUGCUGAAAAACCCAAAAAAGGAUUGAAAUUUCUUCAAGACAAUGGAUUCGUUGGAGAAAGUGCGAUUGACGUUGCCGAUUUCAUGAUGAAAGAAGAGCGAUUGGAUAAGACACAAGUUGGAGAUUAUCUUGGAGAUAUUGAUGAUUUCAAUAUAUCUGUUAUGAAUGCAUACAUUGACAUACUAGACUUUUCAUCAAUCGACAUACUGGCAGCUCUGAGAUUGUUCUUGGAAAAGUUCAGAUUACCAGGUGAAGCUCAGAAAAUCGACAGAUUGAUGAUGAAAUUUGCAUCAAGAUAUAUUGACUGUAACCCGAAUCAAGAGAUCUUUGCAUCUGCUAGUGCUGCAUAUGUUCUCGCCUAUUCAAUCAUCCUUCUCACCACUGAUCUUCAUAAUAAAACUAUCAAAAAUAAAAUAACAAAAGAAGGAUACUUCAGUAUGAAUAGAGGAGUCAAUGAUGGUGCCAACUUCCCUGAAGAACUUCUCGUUUCUAUUUUCAAUGACAUUUCCAAAAAUGAAAUAAAAAUGAAAGCAGGAGCAACCGCACUUCUAAGAUCGAGAGUCACUCCAGGACAAGGCGCUUUGGCGACAUAUGAGGAGAGAAAGAAAAUGGCUGCGUUGGAAAUGGAAGCAAUGUCACAAACUGCUAGAGCUCUAAUGGAAUCGGCAUCAGACACACAUUCUCAUUUCACUCCGGCACAACAUCAACAUCAUGUCAAUCCGAUGUUCGAAAUGUGCUGGGCGCCAUGUCUUGUUGCGUUUUCAAUGGGAGUUCAGUUGUCUGAUGAUGAAGAGGAAUGGUCACUUUGUCUGAAAGGUUUGAGAGUUGGAACACGAGCAGCCUGUGUUCUUCAGGAGAGAAAUGGAACAGAAGAGAAAGAACAAAAAGAGAGAAAUAAGAGGAAAGAAGCAUUUAUUAAAGCGUUGGUUGGAUUCACUUUGCUGGCUGCUCCAGGAGCAAAACAGGCUCCAUUAUUGAAAAAGAAUACUGAUGUCAUUCAUACUCUUCUACUAAUCGGAAAAGAAGAUGGAGAAUAUCUGGACGAUAGUUGGAUUGAUGUAAUGAGAUGUAUGAGUUCACUCGAUUUCAUGCAACUGAUUGGAGGAAAACUUCCUGAUAUUCCAAUGAACGAAGCAACCAUUCAAUCUUUUCAAGAAGCGUUCUCCUAUACUUUUUCUCAAUCAGUCGUCGUCCCGAUUGAUCGUAUCUUUACGGGAUCAUCUCGUCUGUCAUCCGAAGCAAUUAUUCAUUUUGUCCAUGCUUUAUGUGAAGUCUCGCGAGAAGAACUAGCGUAUCCAGAGGCUCCACGGAUGUUUCUACUGGGAAAAGUUGUGGAAGUCGCUUUCUACAAUAUGAACAGAAUCCGGUUCGAAUGGGGACGGAUUUGGAAUGUAAUUGGAGAACAUUUCAAUGCAGCCGGAUGUAGUUCAGAUGAAUCAGUAGCUUGUUAUUCGAUCGAUGCAUUGCGACAACUAUCAAUUAAGUUUUUAGAAAAGGGAGAACUUCCCAAUUUCCGAUUCCAGAAAGAGUUUUUACGUCCGUUUGAAGUUAUGAUGAGAAACAAUCAAAACGCGGAAGUUCGGAAUCUAGUUGUGCAAUGUUGUACUUAUCUCGUGAAAGCUCAUUCAUCAUGUCUCAGAUCUGGAUGGCAGAAUAUAUUCUCAGUCAUGACGAUUUCCUCAGGAGAUGAAUCGAUGGAAGUUGUGAAAAGUGCAUUCCAAACGACGUCAUACAUUGUUGAGCAUAGAUUUAAACAUGACUUUUUGUGGAUAUUAGAGUCAUUCCAAGACGUUUUGAAAUGUUUAGAAGAGUUCGCAUGUAAUCCAAAUCUUCCUGGAAAGAAUACUGAAGCGAUUCGUUUGAUUGGAUUGUGUGCAGCUUCUGUUUCGGAAAACAGUCACAAAAUGAAUGAAGAAUCUCACAGUGAUAGCCAACUGUACAAAGGAUUAACUGCUGAUCAACACAUUUGGCUACGUGGAUGGCUUCCGAUAUUUCUGAAAUUGAGUAGUAUUCUGAAUGAAAGCAAAUCAGACGUUCGGAAGCAAAGUUUGAAUGUUCUAUUUGAAAUUAUGGAGAAAUAUGGAUCAGAGUUCAAGGAUGAAUGGUGGAAAGACCUGUUUGAUAUCAUAUUCAGAAUAUUUGAUCCAUCGAAAAUAGAGAACCAUAAUAGUGAUAAACAAGAAUGGAUUUCAACCACGUGUAAUCACGCGAUGCCGAAAGUUGUAAAUGUUUUUACAAAGUUUUUCACACAAUUAUCUACUGAAUUACUUCCAAUUAUCUACAAACAGUUUUCAGUUUUCAUUCAACAACAAAAUGAACAAAUUGCUCUGUGCACAAUAAGUUGUUUUGAGACACUCAUCUCUAAAAACGGAGAAAAGUUCACUGAAUCAAUGUGGGAUCAAACAAUUGAAUUGAUUCGAGACCUUUGUUCAACACCAACAACAGACUCUCCAUUGCCUCUGGAAUUUUAUGUUACUCGAUACGAACUCGUCGAUUCAAUCAGUCGAAUAGUACUUGGAGACACUCGAGAAUCUCUUCAACAUCAAAAAUCUGAAGAACUUUUUCUUCAUAUUUCUCCACAAUCUCUUUUGAGAAUUUGUGAUGUUCUUGCGGAAAGUUACAGAAUGGCAAAACUAGAGAAUCCUAACAAACCUAAUUUGAUAAAACUUGAGACUAGAUCACUCAGUACAAUGCUUUCAAUAACUGUCAGACUUCUCUAUGAUUUACGAGCUAAAGAAAUAUCGGAAGAAGUUUUCAAACGGGUUCUUGAAGUUGUUUCACUUUCCUUCGAAGGAUACGGAUCUGCCAAAUUAGAUGAGACUCGAGGUGCCUAUGGAGAUGUUGUUUGUGAGCUUCUAUCAGAAUGUAAUAGCCUUCCAAACGAAAUGAUUUCGUUGCUUGGUUCAGAAUUCCCAUCAAAACUUUGCGAUCUCGUGAAAACGGUCAAAGGACGACGAAUGCGAGAUCUGCUUUCCGAUUCAUUGCGAAAGCUAACACACACGAAGAAUACCAACUAG